UGACAGCGCUCUUUGUCUUGUUUACUUUGUUUACGUUGGUAGCUCGCUGGCUAACUUGGCAAGCGAGACAGCUUUUCUUCUCAAAAAAUGUCUAAAAUGGAGUACUUGAGAGUGUUUCUCAACCAGAGAUUGAUAGCGGCAGCUGAAGAGAUAUUUGGUGUCGUUGAAGAAACGAUAGCAGAGUACCAGGAGGAGGUCUCUCACACAAAGGAGGAGAACAGGCGUCUACGGAGCAUGCUGGAUAUUCGUUCUAAGCCACAGAUCAAGUUACACAGACGAGCAGACCCCCAGCAGCUCACUGUCACCGUGUCUGAUGAGCAGCAGGAGUGGAGCCCCAGUCUGGGGCAGAAGGACCCAGAACCCACACGGAUGAAAGAUGAACAGAAUGAACCAAGGACCAGUCAGGAGGAUGAGAAUCACUUCAACGAGUUUAUAAAUUCUUACGGCUGUGUAUCAAGUGACUAUUAUCAGGACCCAACUCAGUCCUCACUUGAAGAGAGAUACUCUCUACCCAGCACCUCAACUGAACAGAUCAAAACAGAACCUUAUGUAGAAGACUAUAGUGUAUCAGAACCAACCAGAGAGUCUCAGCCCUUCUCUGCAGUAGAUACAGAGUGUUCUGCAGCUCAGAGUGAAAACAGAGGACAUAUUGACAGGAUGGAGAGUGGAGGACCUCUGUCAGGUCUAAUGUUAAAGCCACUCAAAUCAAAGAGAACAAAGACCGUAAAAGGACAAAGUUUUCAUGGUGUUAAGGACAGGAAAUUGAACCAUCUAAAAUCACACUCGAGACCCAGUGUAAGCUGGGAUGCUGCUCCUAGUUGUAAGGUACAUGCUGAGUUUCAGAGAAUCACCAACCAGAGCCUGCAGCAGACGUUCUACUCUGCCUUGGGCCACCACACGCCCCGCCUGCUGACCCUGUUCAGGGAGAAGGAGGGGAAGUCCACCACCCAUGGAGGAAAUUCUCAAGCAUCCUGAGAGUGUACAACGAGCAGUUCACUUCACACGGAGAAAAUAACAUCACCGUGGCCCGUUCUGCAGUCCUGGCUGGUCUCCCUUUGUUGUUACGAGAGGACAGUUCUGAUGUCUUCAACAUCUGAGAGGUUUUACAGCCUGUACCAUUAUCAACGCAUUCUUUCCUAUUGUGUUUUUUAAACUUAGUUUUUUCCUCUGUCAUUACGGUGGGAGAACUCAGCAACCCUGGUAUUCUGGAUGGAGUUUCUAUUCUCUCAGUGGUGGGCCAGCACAAUGAGGUGGUGGGUGGUAUACCCAUCAGACCGGCCCAUGUAUCCAUUGUCCUUGAGGAUAAGAUCGUCAUGACGAACUCCCGCUCCUGGCCAGACGCUCUCGUGGUUGUUUUUGGGCUACUCUACUCCCUCCAUCUGAACUACCCCAAAGCCCUGGGCAGACGCUCUCGUGGUUGUUUUUGGGCUACUCUACUCCCUCCAUCUGAACUACCCCAAAGCCCUGGGCAGACGCUCUCAUGGUUGUUUUUGGGCUACUCUACUCCCUCCAUCGGAACUACCCCAAAGCCCUGGCCAGACGCUCUCAUGGUUGUUUUUGGGCUACUCUACUCCCUCCAUCGGAACUACCCCAAAGCCCUGGGCAGACGCUCUCGUGGUUGUUUUUGGGCUACUCUACUCCCUCCAUCUGAACUACCCCAAAGCCCUGGCCAGACGCUCUCGUGGUUGUUUUUGGGCUACUCUACUCUACAGAAAACCCCCAAAUGUUUCACCUUUGCAGACAUUCCGACUGGCACAAAAUACAUGUUGAUAAAAUGUUUAUUAAAGUGUCUUUACCUGCUAUUGUCUAUCCUCUCUGGCAGUGUUGCGUGAUCCUGGCCUUCUAUCUGAAUUCUAAAUGCUCACCAAGACACAGGACUAUGUCUUAACUGUUGUAACACACUGAAUAUACGCUGAGUGUACAUUAUCGUGUUGCACCCCCUUUUGCACUCAGAACAGCCUCAAUUCGUCAGGCAUGGACUCUACAAGAUGUCAAAGCGUUUCACAGGGAUGAUGGCCCAUGUUGACUCCAAUGUGUCCAAAAGUUGUGUCAAGUUGGCGCGAUGUCCUUUAGGUAGUGGACUGUUCAGAGAUGACGUCUGACUCCUGUCCAGCUGAGGUUUCUCCACACUGCCGGCACAGCUCCAUGUCAACUUGAUGCAAACACUGGUAUCUGUCAGACGGUUUCUCUGUCAACACAGCUCACUGGUUUGUCUGUCUGUCUCGUUGGUCUGCCUGUUGCUGGUAUGUGUGUCUGUUGCUAGUCUGGGAGGUAGUGUUGGUCGCCUUCACGGUUCUCUCAGACACAAAUGUCUCUGUGUGUGUGUUUUUGUGUGUGCGCACGUGCAAGUGAGUCUGUUCUUAAUUACAUGGAGCACCAUGUCAGCAUAUUUCUCAGCUUGUGAAUGGAUGAGUGAGUGGAUGAGUGAGUUAAUGAGGGAGGGUUUAUAUGUGUGUUUUCCAAUGACUAAGGGAGUAGUUAUUAGAUUUCAUUGUCAUGCAGCCCUCCCCCUCCCCCUUUGACUGACACUGAGAAUACUUCACCAGAUUGGCAAAAACAAGAAACAUUGAAACGCCUGUGACUCCAAUUAGUAUAUAAUCCAGGCAGCCUGUCAGUCAGUCCAUGGCUCUGUGAUCACAUAAGUAGUUCACUUACCGGUAGAACAGACAGCACCAUUGACAGAACGUCUUGCCUGAUUGAACGCCGAGGGAAGCCUGGUACAGAAAUGUCCAUUUACUAAGAAAUUACAUGAUAAAAUGGUAAUUACACUGUAAUAAUUUGAUUGGCGAAACUUCUGUGUGUUAGCCAAGCUGCAAUGAUGGACAGGCCAUAUAAAUGACAUCUGUUUAUUCUAUGCAACCUAUUUCUACGUCUUUGACAUUGUCCUUCUCACUCACCCUGGUGAAGGAUGGCUCUAAGAAUAUCUCCCUGAUGUGAUGUCAUCAGCAUGGAAUGUCAGGAUCGUCCUGUAGAUGCUGCAAUACGGAAUGCUGCCGACAUACUUAUCUAAGGUGACUUUAAACGCCACACAACCAACUUACCAUGGAAUAUCUCAGCUCAACAUGAGGGCAGGAGAAGGCUAAUAGCACUUGUGACACUAAUAUACCUCUGUUUACUUCUUUACUACUAAUGAACUCUUGUUGAAUGCAUGUUAUUCCUAUGGUUAAUGCAGAGUACAGUAGCUGUUCUGAAUGGUAACAUGGCUGACUAUACAGCACUAUAAACAGACUAUAAGGCAAAGACCCACACUGUCAGUUCCUAUCUGUAAAUAGAGAUCAAAGUAAAACAGUUUUAUGUGAACAGUCAGACCGUAGCAUGUUAACAGUACGGUCCAGCUGCAUAUGCAAUUACCAUGUAAAUACUGGAUGGUUUUAACUUCACUUGGUAUAAAGAGGGAAUCGUAAGUCACACCAUCACAUGUACUGUAUGAAGAGGAUGAAGUUGCCUCUGUGUGGUUGAAAUAUUAUUAAUACAAACUAUAGGAGCAUUUAUUCUAAACAGCACAGAGGCGUUUGUCACAUUUAGCCUAGAACACAUUCAGCCCUGAGCUUCUAACAGCAUCAGUAAAUCAUAAGAUUCCAGCU